UCGCGCGCUCCAAGUUGUAUCCGUCGCCAGAAUGGACCCUCCAGAAAUCGUCGCAUUGGGUGAGAAAUACCCUGGGUUAAAGAAAGUCUUUGAAACAGGAGUCGAGUCCGACGACGGGCGUGAAGACAAACUGCUCUCCUUCAUCCUUUCGCACCCCGAUCUUGAAAAUUUACGAGGCUCUCCCACAAAGAUACUCUCAGUCAUUGAUGAUUUCUCGGCCAAUCAUGAAUUCCUUAUCAGCAUCGGUGGCCACAAGGCUGGGGUUUUAUCCAACUUGAUCGCUGAGGAAAAGCCUCAAACCGUCGUCGAGCUUGGUGGCUACUUGGGAUACUCUGCUAUUCUAUUUGCGGAUACCAUGCGCCGCAGUAACCCAUCUCAACAGAUCCGUGUCUUUAGCCUUGAAUUCAGCGCUGAGUUUUCUUCUAUUGCUAGACAGUUGAUUGAACUUGCAGGGCUCUCUGACAUCGUCACUGUUGUCACUGGCACCGCAGAAGAAUCUCUUCGCAAAUUGCACGCGCAAGGCACUUUGACCAGUGUUGACUUUUUAUUCUUGGACCAUGUUGAGGAUUUAUAUCCCGCUGACUUCAAAGUCUACGAGGAGCUGGGUCUCUUGCACAAGGGUGCCGUUAUUGCCGCAGACAACGUCGUGCGACCGGGUGCCCCUGAAUAUCGUAAACUGGUUAGAAGCCACCCAAGAUUACAGAGUACUGGGGUGAGAGGGUUAAUUCAACCUGGCGAUCUCGAGGACGAAAUCGAAAUCAGCCGCGUCAUAGCUUAAGUAUAGGCCCAGUACUACGCUGCUUGAAGAAUGCAGCAAGUCCGGGGUAGAUAAUAUCUUCAUCUUAGGUCUAGUUUACGCCGUUUUG